GGGAAAUGAGCGAAGGAAGUAAUAGGGAUAUUAAAGAGGCCGGCAGAAGCCGAGUCGCUGUGUUGAGCUCUCACAUCGUUUCCAUGGCUUCUGAGAAAGACGCUGCCCUCGCGGCCGCCGCCGCUCCUGUCCCCUCCGAUUCUCCGACCAUAUUUGACAAAAUCAUCAACAAGGAAAUCCCAUCAAAUGUGGUUUACGAGGAUGACAAGGUACCCUCUAUUCAUUCUGUGUUUUGAAUGUGAAAGCUUUCCUCUUUCUCCUGUAGAAUGACUAAAUUGUGGUUGCAACCCUGCCUAACGCUUCAAAAUCUCAUGAGUUUCUUCUCACUAUGUCUUCUCCUUCGCUUCCGUGGCAGGUGCUAGCUUUCAGAGACAUAAAUCCUCAAGCUCCCACCCAUAUUGUCAUCAUUCCGAAAGUCAAGGAUGGCUUGUCAGGUUUAUCUAAGUCUGAAGAGAGACACUGUGAGAUCCUUGGCCGACUGAUGUAUACUGCCAAGCUGGUGGCAAAGCAGGAAGGACUGGAUGAUGGAUUUAGGAUCGUCAUCAAUGAUGGACCAAAUGGAUGCCAAUCUGUGUAUCACAUUCACGUUCACCUUCUCGGAGGACGCCAAAUGAACUGGCCUCCUGGCUAAAGAUUGGAGUUCAAAUACUUUCAUGCGGCGCGCGCGACUAGUGGCUUGGUCCUAAGGCUUUUUAGAGUUGAUAAGGUACUGCAAUGGUGGGAUUUCUGGAAUAAUGGGUUCAUAUGCUCUACUGCAAUGGUUUUCUCUUGCUGGAUCCUGCAUGAUGUCGGUUCCUUAAUGGUGACAACUGAAACAUAACCGUACAGUAUUGCUGUCGAGUACUUUCUUCUCCUUGUUAGCAGCUUAUGUUGAAUAGAUUGGGCGAAAAUUAUAGAAUCGUCAGAAAGUUGAACUUAGAAGUUAGAACUGAAAGAAACUGGUGAAAGAUAAUGGUAACGAAGAAAGGCAGAAAAAGCAAAA